AUGGAGAAAGUGGAUAACGAGGAGAAUGGGGAAAAGGAAGGAGAGCGAGCGAGCGAGCGAGAGAGAGAGAGAGAGAGAGAGGGAGCUGCAGCAGCAGAUUCUGGAGCAGUGGCAAGUGUGUGGGGUCACGAGGGUCGAGUUCGGACUGAGGGAGGGGAGGGAGGGAGGGUAGCCAUGGCGUUCAGCAGCUGCACCUCGUGCAUUUCUUGCGCACUAGUGCCUGCCAUAGCUCAGAAUGGCCAAUUUCAGGACUUACACGCAUUCUUUCCUGGUUCUUGCUCGACGACUGCCCCUGGAGUGGCAAGAGGGCCAAGGUCUCUACGAAUCUGGGCACGGGGAGGGAAGAGUAUGCCUCCGAAGCAAGGCAGAGGCUACAAUUCCAAGAAGGCAUCGGCACAGGGAGUUCAGAAGCGAAUGAGCAACAGAGAUUUGGACCAAGAAGGAUGGGUACAAGUUGCCGAGAAGGAUGACCUGACCGAGGGCAAGAACAAAGCCAUUUUGCGAGACAACGAAGGGUAUGUCUUGGUGCAGAGGGGAUCAUUGCUGUACACUAUCAAGGCAAACUGCACCACCUGCCAGUUUCCUAUGAUUGACGGCAAGGUGGAGCUCGUCGGCGAGGGAGACGAUCUGACGAUCGAGUGCCCCCUCUGUCAUUCCAAGUUCUCCGUGGUCGAUGGCGAGGUUGCCGAGUACUGCCCCAAGGAUGGCCCCUUGCAAUGGUUCGUCGGCACGCUCAAGUCCAAGACGGAACCGAUGGCCGCAAAGGUGUACCCGACGCGGAUGUCCAACUCCGGGCGAAUCUACGUGAAAUUCAUCGGCGGCAUGUGACACGCUCCGCCGUCGCCGUCGCCGUCGAUUGCCCACGUCACCGACUGGCACGGGUCCUCUCUCUCUCUGUCUCUCUCUCUCAAAGCACAGUAGGAGGACGAGGCGCUCAGUGAGCCGCGCCAUGCCGCGGGCGGCCCGGCGCCCUCCGUCCUAGAGGACGUUAGAACUUGAAACUUGAAAUUUGAAUUCUUCGGGCGCGGCCCCGGAGCAUAACGUGUACCAUACUGACUCAUGGAAGGAAGGAAGCGAAAGAAAUG